CUUCCGAAGUUGAGCAAACACCUCCUCCUCAAGGCCCUCAUCCCAAUUUCUGCUGGGAAUUCGGAUCCUACUCAGCCCGGCCCCGGGAGCGCAGAGGCGGCGGGGACCGGACGAGUCACCAGGUUUCAAGAUGCUGCGAGUACCUAGGACCAAACUGGGCAGGCUGGGCCUCAGCCUCUCCAGGCUUCACUAUAAGGCGGUGAUGGCAUUGAGGCGGGAGGAUGUGAACGCCUGGGAGAGGCGGGCUCCCCUGGCUCCCCGGCACAUCAAAGGGAUCACCAAUCUGGGGUACAAGGUCUUAAUACAGCCUUCCAAUCGGCGGGCCAUUCACGAUAAGGAAUAUGUCAAAGCUGGUGGCAUUCUUCAGGAGGAUAUUUCUGAAGCUUGUUUAAUUUUGGGAGUUAAAAGACCCCCAGAAGAAAAACUAAUGCCUAAGAAGACCUAUGCAUUCUUCUCCCACACCAUAAAGGCUCAGGAGGCCAAUAUGGGUUUGUUGGAUGAGAUCCUAAAACAGGAAAUCCGACUUAUUGAUUAUGAGAAAAUGGUGGAUCAUAGAGGAAUACGGGUAGUGGCGUUUGGACAGUGGGCAGGUGUGGCAGGGAUGAUCAACAUUUUACAUGGAAUGGGUUUAAGGCUCCUUGCUUUGGGACAUCACACACCUUUUAUGCACAUUGGCAUGGCUCAUAACUACAGGAACAGCAGUCAGGCUGUGCAAGCUGUCCGAGACACUGGCUAUGAAAUAUCUCUGGGAUUGAUGCCAAAGUCGAUAGGGCCCUUAACAUUUGUGUUCACAGGGACUGGUAAUGUAUCUAAGGGAGCCCAAGAAAUCUUCAAUGAAUUACCUUGUGAAUAUGUGGAGCCGCAUGAAUUAAAAGAAGUUUCCCAAAAUGGAGACCUGAGAAAAGUGUACGGGACAGUGUUAAGUCGCCAUCAUCAUCUCGUCAGGAAAACAGAUGGUAUCUAUGAUCCUGUAGAGUAUGACAAAUACCCUGAGCGCUACAUAAGCCGUUUUAAUACUGAUAUUGCACCCUAUACAACUUGUUUAAUUAAUGGAAUCUACUGGGAACAAAACACUCCUCGCCUACUAACCCGCCAAGAUGCUCAGAGUCUCCUGGCUCCAGGCAAGUCCUCAGUUGCUGGUGUUGAAGGCUGCCCUGCACUGCCACACAAACUUGUGGCAAUAUGUGACAUUUCAGCUGACACCGGAGGAUCUAUUGAGUUUAUGACUGAGUGCACGACAAUAGAGCAUCCCUUCUGCAUGUAUGAUGCAGAUCAGCAUAUUAUUCAUGACAGUGUCGAAGGCUCUGGGAUUCUGAUGUGCUCCAUUGACAAUUUGCCGGCACAGCUUCCAAUCGAAUCUACCGAAUACUUUGGAGACAUGCUUUACCCUUAUGUUGAAGAAAUGAUAUUAUCAGACGCGACACAGCCUCUUGAGAGUCAGAAUUUUUCUCCUGUGGUGCGAGAUGCAGUGAUUACAUCCAACGGCACAUUGUCUAAUAAGUAUAAAUAUAUCCAGAAACUCCGGGAGAGCAGGGAACGUGUUCAGUCACUCUCAGCGAGCACCAAGAAAAAGGUCUUGGUUCUUGGAUCUGGUUACGUAUCUGAGCCGGUGUUGGAAUACCUGUCGAGGGACGACAAUAUAGAAAUAACAGUAGGGUCUGACAUGGAGAAUCAAAUCGAACAGUUAGGCAAGAAGUAUAAUAUAAAUCCUGUUAGCCUGUACGUUGGUAAACAAGAAGUGAAGUUGAACUCCUUGGUGGCAACGCAGGAUCUUGUCAUCAGCUUGUUGCCGUAUGUAUUGCAUCCUCUUGUGGCCAAGGCAUGCAUCGCAAGCAAGGUUAACAUGAUCACUGCAAGCUACAUCACCCCAGUGCUAAAAGAAUUAGAAAAGAGUGUGGAAGAUGCUGGCAUCACAGUCAUUGGCGAAUUGGGAUUGGACCCUGGUCUUGAUCAUAUGUUGGCAAUGGAAACGAUAGAUAAGGCCAAAGAAGUGGGAGCCACGAUUGAAUCUUAUGUUUCCUACUGCGGUGGCCUUCCAGCCCCUGAACAUUCAGACAAUCCCUUGAGAUACAAAUUUAGCUGGAGUCCAGUGGGAGUUUUGAUGAACAUAAUGCAGCCCGCCACCUACCUGCUCAAUGGAAAGGUUGUGAAUGUGGUCGGGGGUGUCUCCUUCCUGGAUUCGGUUACUCCCAUGGAUUAUUUCCCUGGAUUGAAUUUGGAAAGUUAUCCUAACAGAGACAGUACCAAAUAUGCUGAGAUUUAUGGCAUUCCGUCUGCUCACACUUUAUUACGGGGGACGCUGAGGUACAAGGGAUAUGCCAAAGCCUUGAAUGGAUUUGUAAAAUUGGGUCUUAUAAACAGAGAUGCAUUUCCUGCCCUUCGACCUGAUGCCAAUCCGCUCACCUGGAAAGAACUCCUCUGUGAUCUAGUGGGAAUUUCACCCUCCUCCAAGUGUGAUGUGCUUAAGGAAGCUGUCUUUAAGAAACUAGAAGGAGACAAUACCCAGCUGGAGGCUGUUGAAUGGUUGGGCUUGCUUGGGGAUGAACAAGUCCCUCGGGCAGAGUCUCUCGUGGAUGCACUCUCCAAGCAUUUGGCCAUGAAGCUUUCCUAUGGCCCUGGAGAGAAAGAUAUGAUUGUGAUGAGAGACAACUUUGGAAUCAGACAUCCUUCUGGACAUUUAGAAAAUAAAACUAUUGAUCUUGUGGUUUACGGGGAUGUCAAUGGUUUUUCAGCUAUGGCUAAAACUGUGGGGUUACCCACUGCUAUGGCAGCCAAGAUGUUACUUGAUGGUGAAAUUCAAGCUAAAGGCCUGAUGGGGCCCUUUUCAAAGGAGAUCUAUGGACCAAUACUGGAGCGAAUUAAAGCAGAGGGCAUUAUGUAUACUACACAGAGCACAAUCAAACCGUAAUUGAGAAUUAUAUUUUGUUUUUAUCUUCCCAGCCAACACAGCUCUGAACUUUUAGGCCACAAACAUGCUUGCUAAUGUGAUAUUUUAAAACAUAAAGCAUGAUAUGUUUUGAUUAAGUCAAUACAAUGGUGUUUUUGAAAUAUAAAUCUCUAUUUUAAUAUGAAAACAUUUGGAACAAGAGAUGCCAGUAAUUACCAGGGAACUUUAAUAAUUCUAUCAUGUAUUUUUUCAUGUGUAUGUAAAAGUGACAAUGAUUAUACUACUUGUUAAUUUAUUAUGCAACUUUUUUCUUACAAGAAUAUAUUUUCCGAUAAUUAGCAGAUGAAGUUUUCUCUUUUUAGUAAGAAAAAAAUUUCUUCAUGCAGCUUUAUUUUUCUAACGGAUUCAGUUGGAUGCUUUUAGAUCACCAAAGCUUUGCAAUAAUACUAUUUUAUGCCUUUUUGUAAAAUGAUGAUUCAUUUAGAAAGUGACAUUUCUUAUAGCUUUCUUUUAAUGUUUGGAGAAGGAAAUAGGUAAGACUAAAUCAAAAUCCACAUGGUCACCUCAUUAGGCACAGGAAAAGCAUUAACAAAUCCAACACACUUUUAUGAUAAAAACACUCAACAAACUAGGAAUAGAAGGGAAUUCUUCAACCUGAUAAAGGGCAUCUAUGAAAAAACCAUAGCUAGUAUCAUAGUUAAUGAUGAAAGACUGAAGGAUUCCCCCCUAAAAUCAGAAACAAGACAAGGAUGUAUACUCUUGCCAUUUCCAUUCAACUUGUACUGGAGGGUAUAGCUGGGCAAUUAGGCAAGAAAAUGAAGUAAAGGACAUCCAGAUUAGAAAGGAAGAUGUAAAACUAUCUCUAAUGUUAUACAAAGAAAAUUCAAAGGAAUACUCUAAGAAAACAUUAGAACUAAUACAUGAGAUCAGCAAAGUUGCAUGAUACAGGAUUAAUAUUCAAAAAUUGAUUGUAUUUGUAUACAAUAUCAAUGAAUGAAGCAAAAGUAAUAUUAAGAAAACAAUUCUAAGAAAAAGUGUAAAAUAGGAAUAGAUUGAGAGUCCAGAAAGAACUCAUAUUUACAGUCAAUUGACUUUUGAAAAAGGUGCUAGGACAAUUCAAUUGAGGAAAAUAAUCUUUUCAUCAACUUGUGCUGAAACAACUGGAUAUCCACAUACAAAAGAAUAAAGUUGGACUCCCUACCUCACAGCACAUAUAAAAAUUAUCUCAAAAUGGACCAAAUACCUAAAUAUGAGAGCAAACACUAUAAAACUUUUAGAUGAAAUCCUAGGUGUAAAUCUCUAUGACCUUGGAUUAGGCAGUGCUUUCUUAAAUAAAUGACACCAAAAGCACAAGCACUGAAAGAUAAAUUGGGUAUCAUCAUGAUUAAAAACUUCUGUGCUUCCAAGAAUACCUCAAGAAGGCAAAAGACAACCCAUAGAAUGAGAAAAAAUGUUUGCAAAUCAUAUACCAAGUGAGAGAAGAACUUGUACUUAGAAUAGGUAAAGAACUACUGUAUUCAAGAAAAAGUCAAAGAGCCCAAUUAAAAUAAAUGGACGAAGGAUCGCAAUUAACAGUUCUCCAAAGAAGACAUACAAAAGGCCAAUAAGCACAUGAAAAGAUGCUUAAUGUACAUUAGCUAUCAGGGAAAUACAAAUCAAACCUACAAUGAGAUACCACUUCAAAGUCACCAGGAUAGCUACUGUAAAAAAAUAAUAACAAGUGCUGGUGAAGAUGUGGAGAAAUUGGAGCCCUCAUAAACUGCAGGUGGAAAUACAAAAUGGUACAACUGCUUGGAAAAACAGUUUGGCAGUUCCUCAAAUGGUUAAACAUAGAGUUACCAUAUGAUCCAGUAAUUCCACUCUUUGGUAUUAGAGAAAUGAAAAUAUGUCCACGCAACACCUUGUAAACAGAUGUUCGUAGCAGCAUUAUUCAUUACAGCCAGAAAUCAAAACAAGUCAACUGCACAUCCAAUAAUAAAUGAAUAAACAAACUGUGGCAUAUCCAUACAAUGGAAUAUUAUUUGGCAAUUAAAAAGAGAUUAAGUACAGUUACUUGCUACAACAUGGAUAAAUAUUAAGUGAAAGAAGCCAAGCAUGAAAAGCCACAUAUUGUAUGAUUUCAUUUGUUUGAAAUGUCCAGAAUAGUCAAAUCUCUAUAUGGAGAAAGUAGAUUAGUGGUUGCCUAGGGCUGGGGGGUUUGGGGGCAAGUGGGAGUGACUGCUAAUGAGUUUGGGGGUUUUUGGGGGGAGAUGAAAGUGUAGAGUUGAUCGUGGUAAUGGAGGUGCAACUCUGUGAAUGUGCUAAAAAUCACUGAAUUGUGCACUUUGUGUGAAUUGCAUGCUGUGUGAAUUAGGUACCAAGAUGUACAAAUAAAACUUUGUUUCUCCUUGGAGGAAAGGAAUGUUUCUCUUUAGGGAUAAAAAUUAAACUUUCUGAGGGACUGUGCUCAUAUUCUGGCAUAUGAAACAUUCUGCCAUCGAAAUAAGCAGGUGUUAUAUGUGGGACAUAUGGCAGUUGAGAAAGCAUCUAUGCUUUUGGAAAAGGAUCAAAGUUGAUUACGACCUGGUCCCACCUGCCAAAAAUAUCAAUAAUGGAGAUCAAUAAUCUAUUAACAAGUAAAGACAUAACUGUUAUGAAAGUUUUUUGUUUUUAACCACAACAUUGAUUUUAACAUAAUCAAUUAGGAAAUAACACUUGUGUUGCGUUGAUUCCACCCCCAGUCUGGAUGAGCACCCAGAUGGCAUGGGAACUAGGGAACUAGCACCUUGGGUGGGAGCAGGAACCCACUGAGAUAAUAUAAUAACUAGUUUGGGCUUUAACUGAGUGAUAAAGGGGGUAUGAUUGAAGGGGGGCUGUCUAACGUUAGUGCUAGAAUAGGAAAUGUCAGUAAACUUGAGUAAAGAUAUAUAGAGUGAAACACGGCAUUGGCUCUCAGUAACAAGUUUUCUACCAGAAAUUUCAAUAGUAAAGGUGGUGGUGGUAGGAUCUGGGUAUGGAUGGGUAGAUUAUACUGUACUUAGAAGCAUGUGGCCCCUGAGCCACAGUUUGGGAAUCCCUGGUCUAACCAUUUCGGUAGACUUAAUGCUCACAUCUUCCAGGUCUUUCUGACUUUUUUGGCUUCCUCCAGAUAAUACUGAUAUUUAUAUUUCCAGCUUUCCUCAACCUAGACUCAUGAGACAGAAGUUUCUCUGAGAAGUAGUGUGAUUAGUCCUACAACAUACUAGCUGUUUCCUUUUCCAUAAACUGAAGACAGCAGUAACUCACAGCAUGGUUAUAAAGGGAACCAGGCAGAUGCUGUGUUACGACUUAACCUCAGAAAUCACGUAGCAUCACUUUCAUUGUAGUCACAAGUCCAUCCAGAUUCAAGGCAAGGGACCAUAGAUCCACCUCUCACUGGGAUGAGUUUCAAUGAGUCACAUGUGGGCUGAAAGCUAUUGUUGAGCUAUUUUUGGAAAAUACAAUCUGCCACAGGAAGGCACCCCAGAAGGAGAGUGGCAGGUAGGUGGAUUCUGUGAAUAUACAGUAAAUGACCCCAGUUAUCAAUGUUUCCUCAUUGGCCUUAGUUAUUGUCAAACCAUUUCAUUUUUUUUCUCCAGGUGGUUCUUUGAACAUUUUUAUGUAUCCUGUGAGAUUAGAACUAGACAUACUGUGUAAACAAAAUGUGGAAUGUUUUUCAUUUACUCUCUAAAAAGCCCAAGAAAUGUGCUUUUAACUUCCCGAGUCCUUUAAAACACUUACCUGAAGUAAAAGUGCUGUAAGAGACUUCUCUAAUAGUUUCCAUUAGGAAACUUAAUGCUAUAGUUUUCAAUACAUACCUUCAUUAAACAAUUUAGCAGCAAGGAAAAAAUUACUUGCAUUGGUUCAUUUCUCAUGUGGAUAAUUCAGAACUAAAGCAACUCCCCUAGGAUUGAAGCAAGAUAAUAGGAAUCUGAGAAAGUCAUGUCCAAAGCUUCAGAGGAAAGGAUUACAAAUUAGCAUAUCCGGGAAGUUUUUCAAAGGUCAGGCUGUGUGUCUUGAGCGGCUUAGAAUGUGUCCCAGGUGACAGGCUGAUUAGGAGUUUGUUGUGUACGUAACAAGAAGUUUCAAUCUCACACACAAUUUUUCUUACUCCCACUUCCAAAUCUUAAUUUUUCUUUUUAAAAAUGAUUACCUUAAGAAACUUGUUAACUUUAAUGCCAAGGAUGUCCAGAUUUGUUUUAUAUAUAUAAAUUUAUUUAUUUUUAAAA